GCUCUCCCUCUCCCUCUCCCUCACCAUUUUUUUCUCCUGCCGAGAGCUCUCCCCGAGCUCCCCAAGCUCUCUCGCCAUGCCGAAGAACACAUGCAAGACCUGCGCCCGCCGCUUCGCCAGCCCCCGAGCCCUCGCCGGUCACAUGCGCUCCCACUCCAUCGCGGCAGCCGCGGCGGCGGCCGCAAAGCAGCAGAUCUCCUCGGCGUCCUCCGCGUCGACCUCCUUCACCGUCGCCGACGAAGACGUCGGCUUCAAGAAGCCGGCCUCCAUCUACGCGCUCCGGGAGAACCCCAAGCGCAGUCUGCGCGUCGCGGAUGCCUCAUUCUCGGAUCGCGAGAGCGAGGCCGAGUCCACCCCGCCGCGCCCCAAGCGCGCGAGCGCCGCUGCCGCCUGGGGCGAGGCCGAGCAGGUGAGCUCGCUGUCGGACGCCGCCACCCCGGAGGAAGACGUGGCGCUGUCCCUCAUGAUGCUCUCCCGGGACUCCUGGCCGUCGCCCGCGCUCACCGAGGGCGACUACUCUAACGACGGCUACGCGAUCCCAGCUCCUCCCGCGCCGGCGCCGGUCGAGAAGCGGACGCAGUUCCAGUGCAGCGCGUGCAAGAAGAUGUUCCGCUCCUACCAGGCACUCGGCGGCCACCGCGCCAGCAACGUGCGCGGCGGCAGGGGCGGUUGCUGCGCGCCUCCCAUGGCUGCCCCUCCCCCGCAGGCCCAGCCGCCGUCGCCAUUGCCAGAGCACGACGGAGACGAAGACAUGGACGCGAAGCAGCAGCCGCGCGAGUGUCCCUACUGCUACCGCGUGUUCUCCUCGGGGCAAGCUCUGGGCGGCCACAAGAGGUCCCACGUCUGCGGCGCCGCAGCCGCAGCAGCGCAGGCAGCCACCGCCUCCACCUCCGCCGUUGCUCCUCCGUGCCCGAUCAAGAACCCUGGCAUGAUCGAUCUGAACGUCACACCGCCGUUCGAGGAAGUGGAGCUCUCUGCCGUGUUAGAUCCCCACUUAAAUCCAGGUUCUUGAAGCAGCCAAGCAGGCAGAUUAGUGCCAUCAUUUUGGUAAUUCCAAUGCCGGAGGUGAUUCGAGGUAAGCAACUAAGCAUCAGGGAGAUAAAUCCAAGGAACCAAAAGCUAAAAAAGAAGAAGAAAACGAACAAUCUUUUGUAGUUUAUUAUGGUUGCUUUCUCCUGCCUUUUCA